ACUAUAAGUAGGAGUCAUGCCGCAGGAGUCAAGGUUCACAAAUAUCUUUGAACACCAUGAAGAAACAUUUGGGCUUGACUGGAAGACCAUUAGUAGCAUUGCUUACAGUAGGAUAUGGAUUAUCUUUCUCGUGGUUUGGGUAUGACCAAGGUGUCUUUUCGGGAGUGUUGAUCUCGGAAGACUUUCUUCAACACUUCCCCAAGGUUAAAGAAAAUCAUAAUGUUUCUGGUAUCACCUCUAGUUGCUUUUCGUUAGGUGCUUUUGUUGGAGCCAUCUUUGCUUUCACCUGGGGUGAAAAAAUCGGUAGAAGAAGAACCAUUAUCAUUGGUGCUUUCUGUAAUCUUGUUGGUGCAGUUUUACAAGUGGCUGCUUUUCAGUUACCUCAAUUAAUUAUUGGAAGACUUAUCAAUGGGUUUGGUAUGGGUAUAACCUCUGCCACUUUUCCCAUCUACCAGGCUGAGUCGAUAAAGGCCAAAAACAGAGGUCGUUUUGUGGUUAUUGGUUCAGUUUGCAACACUUUUGCGUAUAUGUUGGCUAACUGGAUGAACUACGGACUUUACUUCACCUCCGGUCCUCUUUCAUGGAGAUUUCCAUUGGCCUUCCAGUUGUUGUUUCCUAUUUUGUCGAUCCCCAUUAUGUUUGUUCUACCAGAGUCUCCCCGUUGGUUGAUUAAUCACGGCCGGCUCGAAGAAGGGUUGGAGACUAUUGCUGCUCUUUGGGGAAAGAAUCUUACUAUUGAACACCAUGAGGUGAAAGCCGAGUACUAUAGUAUCAGAGCUGCAAUAGAAGAAGAAAGAGCUGGACAAGUUCCAUUGAUGCAAGUUUUAACUGGUAGAGACAAGCACAAGAACUUAAGAAGAGUCAUCUUGGGAGCUGGUACUCAGUUCAUGCAACAGUUUACCGGGGUGAACGCUCUUGGUUACUAUAUGCCCACGAUUUUGACGGUCCAAUUGGGGUUCAGUGCUGGAACUGCAAAGUUAUUGGCUGCUUGUAAUGCUACUUCAUACUUGGGUGCUGCCUUGGUGUGUUUGAUAAUCAUUGAUAAAGUGGGAAGAAGAAUCUUGAUGUUGUACGGAUCCAUUGGAUGUUGUAUCACAUAUAUUAUUGCAGCCAUAGCCAUGAAAGUCGGUGAGACCAGAGAAACCUACAGAAUGGGGUCAUUGACGGUGGCCAUGUUCUUCGUUUACUAUGUGAUCUAUGGAACCAGUUAUGCCAAGGUCCCAUGGGUUUAUAGUUCUGAAAUCAACUCCAUCGCUUGGAGAACACGAGGUGCUGCUGUUGCAGCUGCUACUAACUGGAUUUGUGGGUUCUGUAUCACUCAGUAUACUGACAUUGCGGUUACCAACAUGAGAUGGGGUUUCUACUUAUUGUUUGCAAUGAUUGUGUUGUGCUACGCUCCAAUUGUCUACUUCUUCUACCCAGAAACUGCUAAACGGACCUUGGAAGAUAUUAACUACAUGUUUGAUGAAUAUGACACCAUCUUCCUUGGAAAACAUAAAGAGUUGAGACAGCUUUCGAGACCUCAAGCAUUUAUUGAUGCUGAAUUCGAUAGACUCAGUGCCCUCAGGCUUGUGAACAACGGAAAGGAUUAUGACGAGAAGUUGGAUACUGACCAUGUUGAAGACAUCAAGAGUUCGAAAUCUAAGGAGUCUGUUGAACAUGUCUAGGGUAGUUUAUGUAUGAAUAAAAUGUUUAUUGUAUCUCA